GGGUGUGUUUCAGUUUGACAAGCCAACGUCUUAGAAAGACUCAACAAGAGCUUUAAAGUGUCUCUGAAUGCUGGAUUUUAAGAACAAAAUCUGAAGAUGUUGGGAAUCCUUUAAAAAUUAGAUUCCAUACCAAUUCACAUUUUAAAUCUGUACAGAAUUGCCACUUCUGUCCUGCCGAGGGCCGCCCCUCCAAACUCUGUGAGUCUCCAAAACUGCUUCAUGUUUGCACGGAGUUAUUUACGAAUGCUCAGCCUUCCUCCCAACUCGCUUGACGAUCUUGAGCAGUCUUUUGAAAGUUUUGUUUACUAAUUAUAAAGGAAGGUUUGCUCUCUUGGACAGAACAGCUCAGCGCUGUUAUUGGGGACUGUAAAACGCAGCAGCCGGGGGAGUUACUGAUUAACGUUGAUCCUGGUCUUGUAAAAAACGUCAUUGCUUUUCCCAGCCGAAGGGAUGCUCGGAGAGCAAACGAAGUGACCGUUGAGUCGUAGGGGACAAAGCGCCUUUAUAAAGAGAGCAGUCAAAUCCCCAGACACAAGUUUGCCGGGGGCUGGUCCAUGCCAUUGCCCUGAGGCGACGGCCUUCUUCAUGGAAGGCUCCACAGACAGCUUGUGUGUUGAGAACAAAGCCGUUGCUUCUGCUGGGGAGGUGGGCCAGCCAGGAAGGGCGAAAGAAAACACUGUACUGAUGGACCAGCCAGCCCCUCCCAAAGAGCCGCCUCCUGAAAUGGACAGUGGCCCAGGGGGUGAAGUUUGUUCCCCAGAAGAGGACCGUUCUUGUCAUUCAGCCUCCGCAGAAGGUCCGGCUACUUCUCAGCUUGGAGCUCCAGAAGAUUCGGCCUCUCUGCAGCCACCCACUCCAGUCAUGUCCCACUCGCGCCCGUCCGACGUCUCGCUCGCCGAGAUGGAUUGCCUGGUGUGUUUCAACCGGUACAGCCCAGGCCGGCGGCCGAAGCUCCUGGCCUGCCAGCACGCUUUCUGCGCCGUGUGCCUGAAGCUCAUCUUGUGGAACCAAGGCCAGACCUGGCUCAUCACCUGCCCUCUCUGCCGGAAACCCACCGUGGUUUUUGGUGGGCUCGUCUGCAGCCUUCGCGACAAAGAGGACCUCUUGGGGCGGCUGGAGAGUCCUGGCCCGGGGGCCGAGGUGCCCUGCCCUCCUGACUUUCCUAGCCUAGCAGACCCCUGCCCAGUUUCCCAGAACCAAGAAGAUGCCAGCCGUGGGGAUAACCGAGCGGCUGCCAAGAGGCUGGUUUUGCUGCUGCUCCUGCUCGCGAUGCUGAUCGUGCUCAUCCUCCCGUUUAUGUACACAGGCCUCCUGAAGUGGGCCUUGUGCUUCGUGGCCGCCCUGGGGCUCUUGAUGUCCGCGGUUCUUUGCUGCAACCCUGGCUGGGAGUGCUCGUGCUGCCCACUGCCUCCCUGGAGGAAAAAAGAGGGCCAAUUGGCCUCCGUCGCCUAAAAAAGACCUGGACGCCUCGUUUCGCUGGCAAGCAGGAUCCCCGAGGAGUGAGGCGUACUGGGAGAUCGUACUGCUGGGGGGGGGGAUCCCUUGCUUGCUGCUGAACCAUGCAGGGUCCUCUCUCUCUCUCUCUCUCUCUCUCUCUCUCUCUGAGUCCCAAGCCGGGACUUUGAGAGCUGUUGCUGGUGGGAAGACCUGUCCCAGCUCAGGCCGAGACCAGCAAAACGGGGCCUGUUGCCAAACAAGAGACCCGGGGAGGGGGGCAGGGCAGGGCAGCAUUUUUUGCUCAAAUCAUCUCUAAUCUGCCUUCGCCUUGAUCUUGGCUUCUCCUGGCUGCAGCGGGAAUCCCCAGACAGAUCUGCUGCUCUCGGCUGAGUGCUGCCAUGUGCACUACAGACAAGCAAGCCUGGUGUUUUUGUUUCCUGAUCAUGUUCUCCCGGAUGGUCACUGUCUGACUUCUGGGUUUGGAAGGGGGAUGAGACCCAUCCACAGGGAAGAGGUUGAGCAGGCGGCUGUUAGCCAAGGCGUCCAAAGCGAACCUGGGAAUGGGGCAGAGCGUCUGCUUGGCAUGCAGAAGGUCUGAGGUCCGGUCCCUGGUAUCUCACGGAAGGGCUGCCGAGCGCUGCUGCCAGUCAGAGUAGGCAAUACUGAGCUAGAUGGGCCAAUGGUUUGGCUCCGUAUAAGGCAAUUUCUGUGUUCAUAAUGCAUUUGGUGGGGGACUCGGUCGCUGAGGGGCAGGGUAUCUGCUUUGUAUGCAGAAAGUUCCAGGUUUGGUCCCUGGCAGCAUUGCUGGGAAGGGCUCCAGCCUCAUACCUUCCUAACCUGAAAAACCCACCCUUGCCAUGUGGCGAGUUUCAUUUUCAUUUUCGAAGGGCAGAAGACAAAUAUGCCGAGGAGGAUUGAUCUCGCUAUGGGUCUUGGCAGCUUAAUAGAGCCUCCAGGUUCAGAAGCAGUGUAUCUGUGAAUGGCAGUUGAUGGAAAGCGUCAAGGGCUGCUGUCUUCAUGCCCUGCUGGCAAGCUUACUGGAAGCCUGCCGCAAGUUGCUAAACUAACUGGCCAUGUUGUCUGAGCCAGCAAGGUAGUUCUUAUGUUCUUAAAUGAGUCACCCGGCAGCAAUGGCCCAUGAGAGGUAGGCAGAACAUCCAUGCACAGAGGCAGUGACUGGACACGCAGAUCAAGCAGUGGUAAUUUUGGAAUAAUUAAACACCAAGAGAGAGGGUUUGUUUUUAGUCUAGGAUUUCGUCAGGACCACAGAUGCACACCCAUACAUCCAAAGCAAGCCACUAACUUGGGUUUCUCUGGGGAAAAGUUAUGCAUCAUGCAGUAUUGUCAAAAUAUGUUCUCUGUCAGAGAAAUGUGUAUAUGUAAGAAGUGUAAGAUCUGUAUAAAGAUAUUUCUACUUGCA